AGUCAUUUUUUGAGAAUACAUGCACCGAAAAACUUCAAAUGUGAUGAAUGCCCAAAGACUUUUGGAUCAGCAGGAAUUUUAUCUACUCACAAAAUGGAAAGCCACAAUGCUGGUUUAGUAUGCGCUGAAUGCGGAAAGGUGUUCAACCAUCGGAAUACAUUGAAAAUGCAUGAAAAAAGCCACUAUGUAAGACUUAUGUGCCAAAUAUGUGGUAGAGUUUAUAAAAAUCACAAUACGUAUAAAAAGCAUAUUGAUAAUCAAAUCUGUGAGGCUCCUACGAGGCGGUCUCAAGCUGAUGCAAAGUUCGAGUGUGAUUACUGCCAUAAAAAAUAUUCCCAAAAAAUGACUUUACGAGUACACAUUCAGUAUGAACAUGGGAACUAUAAGUAUCUUGAAUGUAAAUGGUGCAAUAAGAAAUUUUGGUGCAAAAGUCGUUUAAAUGCACAUAUAGUUAAACAUACAAAGGAACGGAAUUUUACAUGCACAACAUGUAAUGGAAAAUUUGUUACUAAAGAGUCAUUAUUAUAUCAUACUCGCAUUCAUACAGGGGAACGUCCAUAUAAAUGCCCCCAUUGUGAUUGUAGAUUCCUCAAUUCAUCUCGUAGAGCUACUCAUGUUAGAAGUCAACACAUGGAUCCGAUUGUGCAGUGCGAUAUUUGUCAAGCAAAAUUCAAAUCGUUCCACUUCUUGCAUAAGCAUAAAAAGUUACAUAACGAGCUGGAUAUCAAACCAACCAAUAAAUCAGAGAAAGGUCAAAGACAGAUAAGUGAGAAACAUUUAGUCAAAAGAGGUGAAGCUAUAGGAAAAGUAAUAUUUGUUACGGACCAAUUAACUUCUGAAAAUAUUAAAUUAGAUUUGGGUGAUGAGGAAAAUGUGGAACUAAAAUCCAAUACAGACCGAUCUGAGUAUGUGUAUCAAUAUCAAUUUGGUGACGGGCAAGAUUUGGAACAAGAUCAACAAAUAUAUCUUGAAGUUACAGACGAUGAUGAUGUUAUAAAAGUUUCUGAAAACAUUGAAGUGUAAUUAGAUCAUGUGUUGUUCAUGUUUGGAAAUGUUGGACCAAUAUUGUUAAGAAAACUGAAAUUGUGGUAUUAAUCAGGAAAAUCUUGAACUAGAAGCUUUAGGGCGCAUUUAUUCGACGCAAUUUUAUCGCGCUCACCCCCCGAUUGGAGCCCGCGUUGCCGCCGCGCAUGACCGCGUGCAUCUAACUGUCAUGGCAAAAUACGCUCUAUUUGUUUAGCUUUUACGUUUUAAUUUUAAAGAACGUCUUGGGCACGCGGGCGAGUCUAGCUUGAAUUUGGUCUACGCGGCGGCGGCGGUCGCGAGGUUGUAUUAUUCAAAGGAAUUUAAAUCUUGUUGCUUAGAUAAAAGAGUAAGUAAAUAAAAUUCAGAUUCACUGUUAAUGUACAUGAAGGCGUGGUAACUGGGCGGUCGCCGCGCGGAAUCUGUCGGCACUUAAGAGUUCUGCAAUAGCAGUAUGAGUGUCUAGAACAAGUUAUCCAUGUAUUCUCAUUUACUCCUUACAUAUAUAUAGAACAAAUAUAUUUAUUGUAAUAUAGAUUUUAUGAUUCACGUAAUAUUCCUAUGUUACAUUAAUUCAUCAUUUGAUAUCGAAUAUAUUUCUUUAUAUAUAAUUUUGAAUAGAACUAAUAAAUUGUAAAUAACAUAACAUACACAAGUUACAUUUAAAUU